GAGGGGGCGUGUGCUGACGUAACGACAGGGAGGCGCAGGUGACCUUCUCUCUGUUGUGUGUGUGUAAGAUCUCCUUCAUAGUGUAGUGUCACUUCCCUCAGAACAGUGUCCUUGCUGCUAGAGGGAAGUUCACCCGAGACCACACAGGAGACCUCUAACACCGGCCAUCAAGGACACCGAGCAGACCAGCCUCCGUCUUUCUCACCUUGAGUCGCGUGACCUGCGCGCGGACCACGCUAAUUUCAUCUGAUCCUGGGAUUUUACUGAAACAGAACCGAACCUUACCGGUCUCGAGUCAGACCUCGUGGGAAGCGGUGCGGUGUGUGUAAGCGCGUGCAUGUGUUUGUGUGUGUGUACGAGACGGUGCUCUCCAGGAUCUCGUGCUCUCGCAUGAUGUACACAAUCACCCGAGGCCCGAGCAAACUCGUUACACAACGCAGAACAGGUCCCACGCAGCAGCAGAUCGACAGCAAAACCACCGACCUGAAGCACAAACGCAGCCACUGGCUGGAGUCCAACUCGCCCGCUCCGAAAAUCGUAUUCCAGCGUCUGAACACAAAGCGCUUUCUCAGAUCCACGUCGCCAAAGGAGGAGGACACGGCUGAAGGCUUCACGCCGGCACACGAGGAGAACGUGCGAUUCGUCUACGAAGCGUGGCAGGAGGUGGAACAGAAACUCUGUGAAGGAGCUCAGCCAGAGAACGGGAACGGCCCAGUGCAGUACGCCGAGAGGAAUCCCAGCCCCAGCAUGAAGAACUUUGUGCCUAUCGAUCUGGAGGAGUGGUGGGCACAGCGCUUCCUGGCCACCAUCGCUAACCCGUCGUGACAGGUGUAGAACAUGGAGUUGGUCUGCGUCAUGGAGGAUGGAUGUGUGUGGUUUUGGGUGGUGUGGGGGUUCGGGCGGGGGUCCAGGCUGAUACUCUAGGUGAGCCCAGGGGGUGUGUUUAGAGUUCAAGAAGCCAGACUGCACUACAAACACACACAUACACACACAGGUGCACAAUAGACAGAGAUGUGAGAUUUUCAUUCUGCUGCUCUAACUUUUGUGAGACUGCAGUGUGCUGGAAUGUGUGUGUGUUUUUUUUUUUUUGGCUGGUCUUUGCAUUAAAAAAAAUAAAGUAAAUUGUAUUUCAAA